AUGCCCGCCCCAAGCUUCAAGCAGCGUUGGGAGCUCGUGCAGUCGACGCUCGCCGCCAGCUCCUCGUCCAGCGGCGCCACCUCUUCCUCCUCCUCCUCCUCUUCUUCUUCUCGCUUCCCGUCCAUCGGGCUCGCGCACCACCAAGACCCGCACAGCAAGAGGCGGUACCAGGCCGUCGACCUUGACGCGAUGGCCCAGCUGAGCCGGCAAACCGCGCGCGCCUCGUCGAAGCCGGCGAAACGAGCACCAGCUGCGCCGCCGCCGCCGCGAGCCGUGCAGGUGCAGGACGACCGCCAGCCAGGCGAAGCGUCGUCGUCCAAGCAGGUCGAGGAGCAGGCGGCCGGCUCGAGCGCGCGCCGCGAGGAGCAAGCUCCGUCGUCGAGGAGCCAGUACGAGGCGGUGCGCAAGGAGCUCAAGACGCUCGACUUUAGCGACCCUCGCUACCUCGAGCCCGGCCGCGCCACCGACGAUAUCGAUCGACUGCUCGGGUCCUUGACGAUCGCGCCCCUCGAGGCGAUGCGGGCCGACGGCGACGUUGCGGACGCCGCGUGGGAGGAGCCGAUUCGCGAGGCGGUCGACCGGAUCUGGGUGUCGGGCACGACCGCGGCGGACAGGAGGGCUCGGUGCGAGGAGGCGCGCGAGUUGCUAGGGGAGCUGAUUGCCGAGUCGCUGCGGCGAGAGUCGGACACGGCGUAUCGCGGGAGGGAGGUGCGCAGGGCCGUGGUGAACGCCGGGCUGCGCCACAUGCUCGAGUAGCCGUGCGAAGGCGUUCAAGCGAGUGGAAUGCGACGAGCGGUGUCCCUGGCGUGGCGACUGCGCGAGCG